AUGUGCUACGCAGAAGGCUCUAUAAAUCAGGCUGUCGCUUCAACGGCUGCGGAUAUUGCAAGGUCCAUCGAUCUUAUUAUCUGCCAGAUCGCGUCUCUGACAUCCUCCUCUCGCAAACAGUGGGCUCGUACAGAUCCUCCACCCCCACCCAAGCAAUCGGGUUAUAACAAUCCUGGUUGGCCCGGCUGUUGUCGACCACCCUCUCCCAGUGAAUACAAAUUCAUCCCAGCUGCGGAUUGGCGAUCUGUCAGCAUCAUCCACCACGUAUCUAUUCCUCCAGAUAUUAGGGUUGUCUUGGACGGCUUGUCCAACAGGGGCAGCCCCCUUCCUUCAGCGUCUCCAAACCCCGGACGUAGUAAUGGAAUCGGCAAGCCGUCUUUUGAUCGCAAGAAUAGCGGUACUUCGAGCCCCUCCACUAAGUCCGGGCAUUUGGCUGCAAAAUCACUCACCAUGUCAAGCCCUGGAAGGCGUGCCGGAGGAAGCCCGCAACCACCAACCAAUUUCCUUUCUGCGAACCUUUCUAGAACCUCAAGCGGAACCGCAAUCUCAGCGUCUGUUCCCAACUCUUCUGCUAUAAAUCAACACCUCAACCAGCUCCGUCCGCCCACCGCGGAUCUUUCGGAUAGGGUCCAAGGGACCCAAUCGUCUCGUUCUUCUCCUAGCCGUAAACAUAUUGAUCUAGAAAACCAAGUUACUCCGCGACGUAUGUCGAGCAUGCGUCGGCCAACUGUCUCACCAGCGACGACCUCCGUGUCUGUUUCAGCCAUUAUCGCGGACAAUCGUAACCAGGGCUCCGUUCGGCGUCGCGCAUCGCUUUCAAACUCGAACUCCCCUGUCACACCGCCAUCUCGCAACGCUGACCAUCCCAUAUCUUUCGUCGUUCCACGAUCAUCCAAAAAAGGCGACGACAGCUCAUCUAGUGCGUCUAGCAGCAGUGGGAGUAGUGAUGGAAAUGGAUCAAUGUCGGACUGCACAGUUACGUCGGACGGAGGAUUCACUGAUUAUCUAUCGGACGAGUCUGAGGCAGAGUUACAGAGGCAGGCCGAGGCGAGAGCUGCCCUCGUUGCGCAAAACCAAGCUGAAGAACUCGAGUUUAAAGCUGCUCGUCAGCAGCUUGCCCAUGUUGAUUUGCGACCCCCAAAGUCAUGGAAUGCAACGAAUAUCAUGAAUAAUAAUUCUGGAAGAAUACCUGCGUCCACGUGUGCUCCGUAG